AUGAGCUGGGUCGCAAGGCAUCAUGCAUCUAUUUGUGAUCUUCGGGCAGACGUUCUUACGUUGGUGUUGUCGUUUCUCGACGUGACUUCACUUUCGAAAGCUUGCUCAUGGAAUCACAUAGCACAAAGGCUUGCAGCAGUGCACGAGCACUGGCACCUGUUCGUGCUUCAGUUCUUCGGCGUCUACUAUGAAGAUUACAUGCGCUCUUUGGAGGUGUGGGAUGACGGCAGAUGGCGGCGACUCUUCAUCUACAUUCGACAGGUCCACCACAACGUCGACCAACAGAAUGCCAUGAAAAGGACCAUGCCUGCCUUGCUGAGGCCUUGUGCUUGGCUUGGAGAGGCCUUCGAUGGUGCUCCCGGAUCGUCUGCGGUUCGCAGCCGGACAAGGAGGCAGCGAAAGCGUUACCGCGGCAGUUUGGAGGUGGCAGACAACUGCAACGUCUUCUUUUGGGAGAAUGGCCGUGUGGUGCAAGUGGUCCGAUGCAGCGACGGGCAGGUUCUCAGGGAGAUUGACACAGGACAGAUUUUCAGAAGAUGCUUCCACAGACUCGCCAACGUCAAGAACAAGCUCUUCGUCUGCCUGAAUGAUUGCAUCAAGGUCUGGGAGUACGACAGCUCACGCGAGCCAAUUACGCUGCCAGAUGCCAGGCAUCCCGGCUUGCUUUCAAGAGUUGGUCGCCCCCUUGAGCUGUUGGUGCACAGGCAGAGGCUCAUUCUGGUUGAGAGCAGCUGUUGCCUUCUUUGGCACACGGAGACCUUGGAGUUCAUUUGCUGCAUCGAGCAUGAUGACAUUGGUACAAGCUUUGGCAGGAAAAGUCCCAACACCGAGCUGGAGCGUUCACCCGGUGCACGGGACACGCUGGAGGUCCAGUGGAUGGGAGGCUUAUUGCUGACCUGGCGCCAUGCAGCUCCUCAUGCUGGUCCUUUGGCAGCCGACACUGUUCAGGGCCGUGGCAGCCAGAGAUCUCUGAAUGUGUGGACAUUGGACGGAGAGCCUCGGGCUUUCUUGCAAGCAGACAGCCCGCUGGUGCAGGUGGAUGUGGCGCGUGUGACCUGGGUCUCUGUCUACACCAUGGAUCACUUCAUCCUUUGCGCAUUGGAUUCGAGGUCAGUGAUAACGCUUUGGGACUCCAAAGCUGGGUUUUCGCCGAUAUUUCGCUUCUACAGCGGCUGCGAGGAGCCCUUCGACUUGGUGCUGACUCAGGAUUUCAUGGUGGUAAUUCAGGACAACAUGUCUGCAAAUCGUCUCGAUCUCUUCUUCUGGAAGCUCUGGCUUCAUCCAGACUUCGAGGUGGAGGGCCAAUCCAUGGAAAGCUCCGAAAGACGACAGCUCGAAGGAAGACAGCAACGAGAGGCCUCUGUGCAGAAGUCACGACUGCCGGCUGGAGCUCGCUUUGCACCUCAAGGUGGCGCUGCUCUCCCUGCAGCAGUUGGGACCGGCCUCCUUGCCGUUUUGGAUCUGGCUUCUGCAGCUGCUGCACAGCUUAGUGGCGAUGCUUUGCAGCACUUUCUGUACAAAGAGCUCCGACCAAAUUGUCGCCUGAUCAAGACACUCAGCCUUCCCGACGUCGACACUUACUUCGCCUCGUACAGGAAUUUCCUCAAUGUUUGCUCCUUUCACAAAUCGGGCCAGGAAUCGCUGAGCGUCUAUCGUUCCAGUUCCCUUCAGAAGAAGGUGUUUUUCCCACCCGCCAAGCACACCAAGUUCGAGGAAUGGAUUGCUUUGCAGGUGCACAAUGAUGGCACGGUUGUGGUCUAUGACUUCAGACCCAGCCAGAUGGCAUUCGAUGAGCUGCUUCUGAAAGGCCCUGGAGGGUUCCCCUGUUCCGAGGACGCGAAACAGCCUGCGGAAGCACCUGCCCGUCAGCGCGGGUCCUCGACGGGUCAUGGGCUCAGACGUUCCAGACGCGCGUGA